AACAGAGAAGGGACCCAGAGGAGGACGUACUUCCUGUUGUACCACUAGUCCUCUUCCUGCUCUUUUGGGUUUGGCCCGACACUGAUCUUUGGAAAAUACUUUUCUUUUCAUCUGGUUUACUUCUUAGUUGAGAUAAAGAGUCAUGGCAUACCAGCAGAAGCUGGCAGAGAAACUAACUAUCCUCAAUGAUAGAGGGAGUGGAGUAUUGAUUCGAAUAUAUAACAUUAAAAAGACCUGCGCAGAUCCGAAAGCAAAACCACAGCAUCUGGUUGAUAAGAAUAUGGAGGCAGCCGUCAGGUAUAUCAACAAGAAAUUUCCAAACAUUGACUUCCGGAGUAGCAAUCAACAACUUGGACAUAUCCAGAAAGAAAAGUCAGAAGUUAUGAAGCAGCUAUCAGUCUAUUACAUGUCAUUUGUGGAUGUAAUGGAAUUCAGGGACCAUGUCUAUGAACUACUAAACACCAUAGAUGCGUGUCAAUGCUACUUUGAUAUUAAUAUCAACUAUGACUUCACUAAAAACUACUUGGACCUGAUUGUGACCUAUACGUCUGUCAUUCUGAUGCUCUCUCGUAUUGAGGAUAGGAAAGUUUUGAUUGGCAUGUACAACUAUGCUCAUGAAAUGUGUCAUGGGUCCAGUGAUUCCAGCUAUGCCAGACUGGGACAGAUGAUCAUGGAAUAUGACAACCCUUUGAAAAAACUAACAGAGGAAUUUGGGCCUCAUAAUAAGGCAGUAACUGAUGCCCUGUUCUCUCUCCAGUUUCUCUUUGCGCGGAGAACAUUCCCUGCAGAUCAGUGGAGGAACGCCCAGAUGCUGAACCUAACCAGCAAUGCAGCAGAUAUGUUGAACCCUGCAAACUCAGAUACUAUGGCCUGUGAAUGUUUGUCAGUGGACAUUAUGGAACGUUGGAUUGUCAUUGGUUUUUUGCUGUGCCAUGUUGGGCUGAACUCUAACCCACAGCAGCAGGACCUAUGGAAAGCAGGCCUGAAGUGCAGUCUGUGUGUCACACUCAUACGGGAUGAAGUUCUCUUUAUCCACAAGGUCACAGAAGAUUUCUUUGUUAAUCUAAAAGGGUAUGGGAAGCGUAUUGCUGAUAUUAAGGAGUGCAGAGAAUUUGCAACUCUGAACAAUGCACAGUUCCAUAGAGAUCGACGAAUAUUCCUGCGGUCAGCUGUCAAAGAUCUAGCAACGGUUUUAACAGAUCAACCUGGUCUUCUGGGACCCAAGGCCCUCUUUGUCUUCAUGGCGCUGUCUUUUUCACGUGAUGAGGUAUUCUGGCUUGUUCGCCAUGCUGAAAAUAUCACCAAACCAAAAAUUCCAGAUGACUAUAUUGACACGUCCAUAGCAGAAAUGUUGUUUGCAAUGGAAGAUUUGAGGGUACUAUUACAGAAGUACAAAAAAGUUUUGCAGCGCUAUCAUUUACAGUACCUGUCUCAGUUUGAUGCCUUGUUGCUUGGUGAGAUAAUACAGAAUCUGUCAGUGUGUCCAGAAGAAGAAUCUGUCAUCAUGUCUUCCUUUGUGAGAACUCUGUCUUCACUCAGUCUCAAACAAGUUGAGAAUGGAGAUUCUUUUGACUUUCAAGGACUGAGGAUGGACUGGUUCCGGCUGCAGGCAUACAGCAGUGUAUUGAAGGCGCCUUUGUCUCUGAGGGAGAACACUGACCUGGGUAAAGUGAUGAAUCUAAUUGUGUUCCACACCAAGUUGUUGGAUUCAUUAGAGGGGCUGAUUUCAGAUACUUCAGAUCUAUACACAUUAUGUUUUUAUCCUCGUUCAUUUGAAAAGAUGUUCGUUCAUGCUCUGGAGGAUCAAAGUAUGUUGCGUUACAGCAUCAGCUUCCCAUUAAUCUGCUCCCACUUUAUAAAAAGCAUCCAUGAGCUAUGUCCAGAAGAGUAUCCUGCCUUAGAGAAUCGCAGUAUCAGUAUGUGUAACAGUGCGCUGGAAGAGAUUGCGAAGCAGGCCAGUAACAACAUCCUUGAGAUCUGUGCUGAGCAGUGGAGUCUCAGAGAAAAGCUGCUUCCAAAACACAGUGCUGCUACUAUUAGCAAAGCAAGAACUGUACGAAUGAAAAAGCCACCAGCAAGGAAGAUGGAACCAGAGCGAGAAAAGCCAGGAGCAGAGAGCCUUCGUAAGGACAGGACUAUUGUAACCAACCUCGACAAGUUUCAUUACAACUUAACUGAGCUUUGUGUAGCACUGAACUACACUUCAAGUAUUUUGGUAUUUCAUCACACUAUCAUUCCUCUGGAAUACUUGUAUAGCCAACUGGAAAUUCGUUUAAAUAAGGCAUUUGUACGGAUUGUAAACAAGAAUCAGACCACAGAGGAUAUUACAAAACCAUCAGAAGUACUUGCAUGUAUACGGGCAUAUAUUUCCACCCUGCAAUCUGUUGCACACUAUGUGAAUAUUGAUGUCUCACGACUUAUAAAGAGUGUCAUGUUACAGCAGACCCAGUCACAGGACAGUACUGGUGAGCCAACCAUAACCACUAUCUACACUAACUGGUACCUGGAGAAGAUUUUAAGGCAAGCCAGCAGUGGUAUAAUCAUACAUUCACCUGCAAAAAAAGCUUUCAUAAGCUCAUCAGAAAACAAUGACCAAGUGGUCAAUGCAGAGGAGUACACAGAUGUUUGGCAAAUGCAAGCACUGGCAGAGCUGAUUACAGCUUAUGGAAUGAAAUUCUUGACUGAAAAUUUAAUGUGGCAUAUCUCAUCUCAAGUCAAUGAACUCAAGAAACUGGUCAGAGAGUGCAUGGAUACCCUCAUUCAAAUAAGAUCAAGUUACAAUAAUCCUGAACAAAUGAUGCUUCUUAUGAAAAAAUUAGAAACUGCUGACAAUGUCUUGAAGAGGAUGACCAUUAUUGGCACAAUCUUAGCAUUUCGCUCCAUGGCAAUGGAUGGACUUAGAGAGGUUUUAACAGCCAAGUGUCCCUUUCUCAUGGGCCCAGUUGAGUGUCUGAAGAACUGUAUCAGUGCAGAUACUGACAUAAAGAUAACCCUGAGUGUGUUUGACCUAGCAAUGUCAGCUGGCAUUUCCUGUGACAUAGACCAAGCCUUGGUGACUGCUCUUGCAAACCAGAAGACAGAGAACACAGCCCCAGAAGAGGAGUACAAGAUGGCAUGUCUGCUUAUGGUAUUUGUGGCAGUUUCUCUCCCCAAAUUGGCAGAAGAUCAAUUGUCAUUUUAUAACAAAGACAAUGAAGGUUACUCCAACAAUAUCCACUGUCUGGCAAAGGCAAUCAUACAUGUGUUUGCAGCCCUCUUCACUAUUCUUGGAAAAAAUAUUGAGGAGCAUCUUAAGGAAUUCCUUCUGCUGGCUUCUACAAGUUUACUGCAGCUUGGACAAGAAACAGAUAAGACUGCAACAAGAAACAGAGAUUCUGUUUACCUGCUUCUGCAGUUUAUUGUUGAAGAGUCCUCAUUUCUCACAGUGGACAUGCUAGAGACCUGUUUCCCCUAUGUUCUUCUCCGAAAUGCAUACCGGGAAGCUUACAGGGCAUGCAUACUGUCAACAUUCCAAUAAGCACCUUCUAAGGGUUCCAUUGUAAUAACUGUAAUCCUGCCUAACAACAUUGCUUCUGUUCUCCCUAGGCUGAAGACAGUCUGUGUAAUCUGGAGCACCUCUGUGUUCAUUAGAUAUUCAGAGGUAUACCUUCAUUGUUGUUGAUAACUAUUUGUUUGGAACUAGCGUUUGUCUGCUGAACUCCAUCAGAGCAGCACAAUUAUAUAUCUGAUUUGCUGUAUUAAUGAAUUCCACUAGCAACAAUAUGUCUUAUUAAAUAUGCAGUACAUAAUUAAUUGUGCUAGUUUUGCCCUAAACAAAGGCAUCUAUCUAAUUAUCCUUACUUUCGGAGAUAAUUUUAGGUAAUAAGGAAUUUAAAUCUCAUGACAAUAUGAACUGAUAGUACUAUAAAUGAUAAGACCAGUAAGAAAUUGAUGUCAUGUCUAGAUUAUAUAAAAAACUAUGCAUUCUUCUCAUGACCUGAUAUACUGCUUUAUUUACAGGUUACACUAAACAUUUUUUUAAUUAAUUUAAUUAUUGCAGUUUUGUAGUGACUAUGAUACAGAAAAUUAUGUAAACUGCUUUCUAUGGAAUUCUUCCCUCCACAUAUUUGUGUUCAUUAUUCAAGUGCAUGGGUUUUGCAGUAGGCAUACUUUUAUAUAUAUUAUCAGCUUAUUAGAAAUAACAUAAAAUGAAGUCUGCAUGACAGAGUUUACCAUGUAUGAUAAGUAGCAGAGAGAUAAGAUACUACAGGAUAAAGGUACUUAGUUUUUAAACAUGCAACACAAUUAGUGUUGUUCAUAAACUUACAUUUUAUUUCAUUUGUAAACUUAUUUUGCACAAUGUCUGUGAUUUUAGCAACUGAAAUAUAUCGAUUGCAGUAAUAAAAUGUGUUUUAUUAUUAGGUUUAAUAUAAAGCAAUUUCUCUACCUACAUGACCUUUGUGUUAACACAGAUGUAUAGUCUUCUGCUAUCUAUUGUAAAUCCAUGUUUUCCAUAAAUGCAAGUUCACCUUC